AUGUUUAGGCAAAUCCAGGCCCACAUUUUCACCCUGCUAGGCCUGGAGUUCCGGCCCAAACAUUUAGCGUGCUACCAUGCCAAGAUCGCCCUCCCUAAAUACAACCGAGCGAACAACACCAAGUUUGAGCUGGUGGAGGUACGAGCAAUCUUUUUGUCCUUUGAGUUUGGAGGGGGCUGCCUCCAUUAUAAUUUCACGGCUAAGCAGCUGCCUGAGGACGAUGAUCAUCAUCAUUCUGCUAAUGCUGCCGGCAGCACGGAGCUGUUCUUCUCUGAAGUGAACUACAAUUUCCGGACUGAGAAUGAUGUCCUGUUGUGCUGUAUUGUCAGCGAAAAUGAUGCAGGGCAUUGCUACGGCUGCGAAGGCGAGCUGCCAACGGUUAUCCACCCAAGUAGCCAGGCAUACGGUGGUGGCAGCAGUACCUGUAUUGACUUGCCACUUCCAGACAGCGCAAGCUCAGACAGUGAUUAA